AGUUCAAGGCCGCCUUCGACAUGUUUGAUGCCGAUGGCGGCGGAGACAUCAGCACCAAGGAGCUGGGGACGGUGAUGAGGAUGCUGGGCCAGAACCCCACUAAGGAGGAGCUGGACGCCAUCAUAGAGGAGGUGGACGAGGAUGGCAGUGGAACCAUCGACUUUGAGGAGUUCCUGGUUAUGAUUGUGCAG